AUGGCGUGCAGACGGGAGGAGACGGCGCUGGAGGCUGGGUCUGACAAGGACGGCAGAGAGAUAGGAGGCGGCUUGCGGAGCCGGCAGGAGGAAGCGCGGUGGUGGCGGCAGCUCCGGACCCAAGCUGGGGAAGAGACGCAACCCACUCUCAGGCUGGGUCUUCCCACAUCAGUGAAAGCUGCAAGUGGCUCUCUUGUUGUGGCCAUUGUCCACGUGAUAGAAUUCAUCGGCAGGAAGUCUCGCGCAUGGGCAUCCAUGCAUCUGCACACCUUCGUCACUGCUGGAGUAAUGUUGGUGGCGUUGGUAAGCUAUUUGGGCAACACCUGGUGGCUUUAUCAGCUCAUCCUGUGCACAUUGACUGUGCCUUUCAUCCUGUGCUGCUGGAUGCUCCCAGAGACCCCUCUCUGGCUGCUCUCAGAAGGAAGAUACAAAGAAGCACAAGGGGUCAUCGACACCAUGGCCUUUAAAAGUCACAUGAAUUUGAAGAGGGUGGUGGUUUUGGUUGUCAAAACUGCUAUAGAGUCAACAUUUGCCUUCAUUUAUAUUUACAUGGCAGAGCUGUACCCAACAAUUGUAAGGUGCUGGGCUGUGGGGAGCAGCAAUAUGGUGUCCCGAGUGGCAAGCAUCCUUAUCCCUCUCACGGGGAAAUUCACCAGAGUCUGGACCAUCCUGCCACAGAUUUUAUUUGGGAUCCUGGCCAUGCUGAGUGGACUGUUGUCAUUGAAGCUUCCAGAAACCGGCAACAAACCAUUGACAUCUACUUGGGGGGCAACUGGACAGCGGGUGCCAGAGAACAAGGAUGGUUUAGGGGAAGCCCCUCCCGAAACUGAGAAGGAUGGUCCAGGCAGAGCCCCUCCCACAGCCGAGCCGGCUGCCAUCAGGGCUUUCAUCGAAACCGCCAUCAGACUGUCAGUCAUCGAAGCUAUCAACAGCAUUUCACUGCCUGGCUCCCUGCUCAUCCCACCCUCCGCGACGCCCACCACAGUCAGGUACCCAAUGGGAGAUGGCCGAGUACUCUGGACAGCGCAGCGAGGAAACAGGUGUUUGGUUCUAGCUGGAACUUUUUGGAAGCCAGACUUGCCACCGUUAUUUACCACGCAGACAGAUCAGCUGGAGAAACUCCAGGCUGGUGGCGAGUUGAAGUGCUUGGAGGCCGGACAAAGACGGGCCAUGGUUAAUGAACCUUCCCUGGCAGGCUGGGCAGAGAUGUGA